AUGGCUGAUAGCAAGGAGUUAGAUAAGAAGACUACUGACAACAGGCUGAGACCAGCGAUCCGCAGUCACCAGCGCACGCCGUCAGGUUCUCGGGACUUCAAGGAGGCGACGAAGAGAGACGCCCUCGCUCGACUCGAGGUGGAACUAGAACGGCUGCUAGCUACCCUUCCUGAGACCAGAAAACCUCUAGUCACAAAAGAGUUUAAGGGAUUUAAGAACCUCUUUAGUAGAUUUUUAGCAGAGCAGGGUCCGUCGGUAACAUGGGAAAAGAUAGAGAAGCUUCCAGAGGGCGCUGUGAUCGAUUACACGACCCUCACAACUCCAACCACAGAUAACAUCCAUCAUAUGCUCGACAAACUGGUCGUGGUGAAACUGAACGGUGGCUUAGGAACAUCUAUGGGUUGCAAAGGUCCCAAAUCUGUCAUACAAGUUAGGAACGAGCUAACAUUUUUGGAUUUGACCGUACAACAGAUCGAGCAUCUAAACAAAACAUACAAAUGCAACGUGCCGUUGGUCCUUAUGAACUCGUUCAACACUGAUGAAGAUACACAGAAGGUGAUCCGCAAAUACAAGGGCCUCAAGUUAGAUAUCCACACAUUUAAUCAAUCAUGUCACCCGAGAAUCAAUCGGGAAUCACUCUUGCCCAUCCCUAAGACAGGGGACGUGUACGCUGACAUUGAUGCUUGGUAUCCACCCGGUCACGGCGACUUCUACGAAUCGUUCCACAACUCCGGCCUCCUGCAGAAGUUCAUCGCGGAAGGCAGAACGUAUUGCUUUAUCAGUAACAUCGACAAUUUGGGCGCGACCGUUGACCUGAACAUCCUGAACCUCCUACUGAACCCAGACCCACAACGGCCGAUUUCUGAAUUCGUGAUGGAAGUGACCGAUAAGACUAGAGCUGAUGUAAAAGGUGGUACGUUGAUUCAAUAUGAGGACAAAUUGAGACUAUUGGAAAUAGCUCAAGUUCCCAAAGAGCACGUAGAUGAUUUCAAAUCGGUCAGUCAGUUCAAGUUCUUCAAUACGAACAAUCUUUGGGCGAAACUGGACGCUAUCCAGAGAGUAGUGGACCAGGGCUCGUUGAACAUGGAAAUCAUAGUGAACAAUAAACAUACAGCUGACGGCUUGAACGUUAUUCAACUGGAGACAGCUGUGGGUGCAGCCAUGAAGUGUUUUGAAGGAGGGAUUGGCGUGAAUGUUCCUCGGAGCCGUUUCUUACCAGUCAAGAAGACUUCCGACUUACUUUUGGUGAUGUCGAACUUGUAUAGUCUAUCCCAUGGAUCUUUAGUGAUGUCUCCUCAAAGGAUGUUCCCGACGACGCCAUUAGUUAAAUUGGGGGAUAACCAUUUCGCGAAGGUCAAAGAGUUCCUGAAUAGAUUCGCGUCUGUUCCGGAUAUUAUAGAGCUGGAUCACUUGACUGUAUCCGGGGAUGUUACGUUUGGCAGAGGAGUGUCCUUAAAGGGCACAGUUAUUAUUAUCGCUAACCAUGGCGACAGGAUCGAUAUACCAUCGGGGGCUCUUCUGGAAAACAAAAUAGUGUCUGGAAACCUACGAAUCUUAGAUCACUAG